AUGUUGAGCUCCACUUGCUCUCACUCUCUUAUUCGCCGCCCUUUCCUUCAAUCACCUGCCCCCAAAACUAGGGUUUCGACCCGACCCGGAGCUCUAUAUCCAAUUUCCCGGAGUUUUAGGAUCUUCGAAUCUCACUCCAGGCCUUCCAGCACGAGAUGGACAAGAAUUUCAUGCUUUAGAAAAGAGGAUUCUUCAUCAGAAACCCCGAAAGCUGAUUAUAUUGGACACUUGGUGCCUGAGGAAGUAGUUAAGACCGAAUUCGAUGAUUCUAAGGUGGUUAAAAAGGAUUGGGGAAUCACUCUUCGAGAGGCUGCAGAUGCAGUGUUUAGGGCGAUUGGGAGUCGGUGGAGUGUGCCAUGGACAGCAGAGACCAUAAUGCAGGUCAUGCUACUAUGGGUUGUAGCUUUCUGGUUCAUAGGUUCUUGGAUGGUUCCAUUUGCAGCUCACCUGGCAGGUUUCAGCAGGGAAUCAUUAACAUUUAGAGGACAAGCCUUAUUUAGCCUGGUGACUGAUGUAACUGAGGGUCUUGCUGGAAUUGUGAUCCUUUAUCGCUGCUUAUCUCGUUUCCGUCCGCUUCCCCCAGAUUGGUUCAAAUUUAGCUUGAAAGGAUCCUGGCAGUUGGAUGUUGCUCUUGGAUGCCUUAUGUUUCCACUGGUCAAUCGGCUGUCACAGUUCAACCUCAACCUACUACCUCUUUUGCCUUCCACCCCUGUCACAAUAUCAAGUGUUGAGCAAUCAAUUUUGGCACGUGAUCCAGUGGCAAUGGCACUGUAUGCGGUAGUAGUUUCGGUGUGUGCUCCUGUAUGGGAGGAGAUAGUGUUUAGGGGUUUCCUACUUCCUUCCUUGACCAAGUACAUGCCUGUAUGGUCUGCAAUACUGGUGAGCUCGGUUGUAUUUGCUUUAGCGCAUUUUAAUGUACAGAGGAUGCUACCACUUAUUUUUCUUGGGGUGGUGAUGGGUGUUAUAUUUGCACGGUCAAGGAACCUAUUACCAUCAAUGCUCUUGCAUAGCCUUUGGAAUGGCUUUGUAUUUUUGGAUUUAAUGAAAUAA